GCCAUGGCCUUUGAUGAAAUUAUACACCAUGUAGGUGACAGUGGAAGAUUCCAGAUUUUGAGGAUUGUCGUUUACAUCAUUUUGUCUUUGGUGUCAUCCUCUCAUGACUUCAUGGAGAAUUUUACAGCAGCCAUCCCUGCUCAUCAUUGCAGUGUUAAACUUCUUGACUAUCCCAAAUCUGAAAGUAAUGUCACCAUGAACUUAACUACUGAAGCUCUACUGAAGGUCUCUAUCCCAAUGGGCCCAAAUCAGAAACCUGAGCAAUGCCGACGCUUCCGGCACACUCAGUGGCAAUUCUUAGAUUCCAAUGUAUCAGUUUCUAACAACACAGAGCUUGAGACCGAGCCAUGCCUUGAUGGAUGGACAUAUGACCGCAGUGUUUUCACUUCUACCAUUGUUACUGAGUGGGAUUUAGUAUGUGAUUUUCAAUCAUUCAAAUACUAUGCACAAACCAUCACUAUGACAGGACAUUUGGUGUCUUGUCUCAUAUGUGGCAUUUUUUCUGACAGGUUUGGAAGGAAACCAUUCUUGGUGUUUUCUUGCUUAGCUUAUGGAAUUUUGGGCUCCUGCUGUGCCUUUGCGUCAAAUUUCUCCCUUUACUGUGUUUUAAGAUUCCUGUUGUCUGCCUCCAUAAGUAAUAUUCUAAGCAACUCUAUUGUCCUGGUUUUAGAAGAAACCUCAUCGCAGUGGCACAGCUCAGUCAUAAUUCUCAGUGGACUAUCCUUUAGUAUCGGCCAGGCUUCGUUUGGGGGAUUAGCGUAUAUGCUUUCAGACUGGCACAUGCUGCAACUUACUGUUGCCUUGCCCCACAUCAUUUUUUUCAUUGUUUUAUGCUGGGGGCCAGAAUCAGUCAGGUGGCUAAUGGUCACUGGGAAAACAGAACAAGCAAUAAAGGAACUACGAAGAAUUGCCAUCAUCAAUGGGAAGAAAGACAUUGCACAUAAUCUAACUACUGAGGCUUUGCAAUCUAAACUUAAGGAAGAUGGGAAUUCAACCAGUAAAGGUUUCAGAAUGAAGGACAUCAUUAUUAAUCCCAUUAUGCGUAAAACAGUGCUUUGUAGUUCCAGUAUAAUUUUUGCAGAAAUGUUCAGUGGUUAUGUUAUAUUUUUGGACAUUCAAAUUUUGGGAAAGAACAUCUUCCUGAAUCUGUUUCUCCUAGGAGUGGUAGACAUACCCAGCAAAUUAUUCACAUAUUUUAUAUUAAAAAACAUAAGACGUCGACCUUCAAUUGCUUUUUUACUCCUUGUAACUGGAAGUUGCAUUAUCAUCACAAUAUUUCUACCUGAAGACAUGCGUGUCCUGCGCCUUAUUAUGUUCCUUUUGGGAAGAGGAUCUUAUGCAGCUUUUACAUGUAUAAUUUUAGCAUACAUCCAGGAACUGACUCCAACAGUGCUCAGGUCAACUAUAACUGGUAUUUAUGCCCUUGCUGCCCGAAUAGCAACAACAAUGUCUGCACUAGUACUUAUUACUAGGAAGUAUUUUAUACACCUUCCUGUGAUUCUCUGUGGGAUAAUACCCAUAGUAGCAUCAGUCAACCUCUACUUUCUGCUGGAGACUUUGAAUCUUCCAUUUAUCGACACUGUCAAGGAUCUAGAGAAAAGAAUGAUGAACAAAGAUCUCAGUAAAAAAGAAGGGCAAGACUUCUUGGAAACUACGGAGUGCUAA